CGAAACCCGCCGCGGGCUGAGCCGCCCCCUAGGCCGGGAACCCCCGCAGCCUCACGCACGCGUGGCGGAAGGAGCCUUUAAGCCGCGCUCCAUGGAGGCCGGGGGUCGUCGUUCCCCCUCAGCCAAGGCACGCCCUUGCCGACCAGGGGUCUUGUCGGGCCUGAGGGGACGCAGAACCGUGCUAAUCUCUUAAGUUCAGUCAUUUUUGUAUGUCAUAUUUUAUGCUAGAGCGUGGAGAGGCUGCCAGCUGUAGGUAAUUUGGGACCAGUGAGUUGAGAGAAGUCCUAGUAAAUCAUGAAGUCCCGCCAUGAAGUUGUGCUCUGAACAGCCUUACUCGGUCUCAGCUGAAAAGUGAUUUUGGCACCUUCCUGUUCUGGCUGGAGUCACACGUACAACUUUCCCUGGGCUGGAACCUCCUGAAUUCAAGCUUUGGCUGAUACUUACCUUUUGUUAUCAUUGCCAUUUAAUCUAAAUGAAUUGUUCUGUGAACACGUUGCUCUAGGCAUCCUUUCUCUUGUGAGCUCGUGAAUGGGCUUGGAGAUCAAGACACCUGCGUAUAGCCAGUAGAGAUGCAGGUUUUCAUCCUGAAAUGAAAAGGUGGAAAUGGGCUGAAAUGUGUGAAAUGUUUGGUGAAAGUUGCCGUUUUCAGGGGUGUGUGAGAAGCAGAUACCCUGCAGUCAGCAGGCGAUUUGUGCUUCUCUGGAGGGAAGUUUACCUGCAAGUGGCCUUAAAAAGCUGAAGUGUUUUAUGCCUUUAGAUGCAUUUGGGAUGCAGUCAAACCCUGUUCUCCUGUACCCAGUGGAGUACAAGGGCUGUCGUUUUUUUUUUCCUUAAAUUUACACAAGUUUUUCAGCCUUUUCUAGAACUUUUCCCCCACCUUUUUUGUGAUUGCUUUUAGAGGCUCCUGUCAACAUUUUUUUUCUUUUCGUCCUUGAAAUACCUGGCUAAUUUUUUAGAUAGCAGCCUUAAUCAAGCUAUUUGGUUUUUUGUGUCUUCAUUCCGUUUUGAAUAGAUUCGAUGGCCAGAUGCUCAGACCCAUUCACAGCUGGUAAAAUAGACCAAGGCUCAUAGUGUGAUUCUGUGUAUAGGAAAUAGUUUGCCUGAUAUAUAUGAUUAUGGGGUUUUUUUGCCCCUGAUAGCAGUAUUAUUUUGAUUUCCAAUACUUAAUAUGUGAUUGACUUAUAAAUAAACUUAUUUUUCAAGUUACUGCUGACUUAGUUUCUGGAUAUCUAAUUGUAGUCCUUGUUGUGUGUGAUGUGAUUACUUUUCUACUUUUCACGCAGGUGUAAUACAAGUACUGAAUUACUUAUGUCAUCAGGGAUAUCCUUUUUUUUUCUGCAUUAAUUCACUUAUUUUUCUGUUGAUUCUACAAUCCUAGCUUUUACCUGAGAAGAGACUGAAGGCAAAGUGUAAAAACAAAAGAAAAAAUAUUUUCUCAAAUCUAUUUAUGGAAAUACUGACCACAGAUUGGUCCCAAAAGGAACUUUAUUUUAAGAUCACCUUAUUUCUUGUCUCUGCACCUCAGAAGGGACGUGCAUGUUUGGGUGACCAACUACAGGGACAUCAAAAUGCCCAAUCUGGAGCAUCCCGCGUACCCAGCAGCUGACCUGCUUCACUUGGAAGGUUUGGUGCCCUGCCGAGAGUCCCAGGUGUCCACGCUGCUGUCCAUAUUUGGCGAGCGUCAGCAUUUUAGUUUUCCAUCCAUCUUUAUCUAUGGACACACAUCUAGUGGAAAAACUUACGUGAUGAAAACUCUUCUAACAACCUUACAGCUUCCUCAUGUGUUUGUGAACUGUGUGGAAUACUUUACAUCACGACUUCUGCUAGAAGAAAUUCUCAUCCAGCUGCAGAGCUGUUCACCUGGCGCAGAGCAGACCUCUCCUGUGCAUUGUGACACUUUGAAUGACUUUGUUCGUCUCUUUAAACAAGCUGUGACCAGUCAGGAGCUUCAAGAUCAAACAUUGUACAUUGUUCUGGAUAGAGCAGAACAGCUGAGGGAAAUGGAAGCAAACAUCCUGCCAGCAUUUCUUAGGCUUCAAGAGUUGACUGACAGAAAUGUGACAGUCAUUCUGCUCAGUGAAAUAGUCUGGGAACUGUUCCGUCCAAACAUGGGGUGCUUUGAGCCAUUCACCAUGUAUUUUCCAGACUACAGCAUAGGACAUCUGCAGAAGAUCUUGUCUCAGAAUCAUCCCCCAGAAUAUUCUGCAGAUUUCUAUGCUGCAUAUAUCAAUAUUUUGCUUGGUGUUUUCUACAUGGUCUGUAGGGACCUGAAGGAGCUUCGGCAUCUGGCAGCGCUCAAUUUUGCUAAAUACUGCGAACCGGUGGUCAGAGGGGAAGCAAAUGAACGCGACACUCGCAAACUCUGGAAAAAUAUUGAACCUCAUUUGAAGAAGGCAAUGCAGACUGUUUAUCUCCGGGAAAUAUCCAGCUCACAGUGGGAGCGUUUGCAGCAUGAUGGUGGAGAGCCUGGGCAAUUGAAAGGACUUUCUGCACAUACCCAUGUGGAACUUCCUUAUUACUCCAAAUUUCUUCUAAUAGCUGCUUACCUUGCCUCCUACAAUCCUGUUAGGACAGAUAAGAGAUUCUUUCUUAAGCAUCAUGGGAAAAUCAGAAAGACCAACUUCAUGAAGAAGCAUGAGAAGACCAGCAAUCACCUGCUUGGGCCAAAGCCAUUUCCCCUGGACAGAUUGUUAGCAAUAUUAUAUAGUAUUGUGGACAACAGAGUUGCUCCAACGGCAAAUAUAUUCUCUCAGAUCACCUCUCUUGUGACACUGCAGCUGUUAUCCAUGGUUGGCCAGAAUGACCAGCUUGAUGGACCGCGAUACAAGUGCACUGUGUCUCUGGACUUCAUUAGAGCUAUUGCCCGGACCGUGAACUUCGACAUAAUAAAGUACUUGUACGAUUUCUUGUGAAAACAAGCUUCACAGCCAUAUGGACACUGUGACAAUGACUAAGGCAAGCUGUGUUCAUCUCUCUACUUAGCUGGCCAGAAAGAAGAGUAUUUUGGCUCUUUUGGAUUUGUCCAAACAGGUGCUGGCCCAGCAUGGAACCUGAUGAAAAUACUCUGAUUGGUCUGGGUGGAUCUGAGCAGAGGACUAUUUACCAGGGACCCUGGAGUAUUUGGAAGCAAUGUGUUAAUUAUAAACAGCAGGGUUUGAGCACAAUCUGUUCUAGUCUUAAUGAUGUUAUCUUAACACUGAAAUUGCCUGAAACCCAUUUACUUAGGACUGCAUUUUGCUCUAUGAACUCUCCCCAGUGCUUUGAACAUGGCAGCAGCCGUUGUUUGUAUGCCCAGUCUUUUCACUUCCUCUCCACAGGAAUCUUUGCAAUUGCCUGCCAAAGCAGCUUUUCCUGAGGCCACCAUUUUAGGAGAGUGGAGUAGCAAAGUAUAAUAAACAUAAGAACAUAUUUAAAAAUCAAGCUGCUACAAACUCUUCUUUCUCUUCAGUAGUAUGUAGGCAGACUGUUACCCUGUCAUAUGGAGAUCACGAUAGUAGGAAACUCCCAGUUAGUCACCAUAUUGUCUUUUUCAGACCAUUCAUAAAUGUUGACUAUGAAUGUAUUUUUAUGAAGCUCUGUUUUAAAAAAAUAAUUGAUUCUUAAACUUCUAUCCCUGUGUCAAACUUGGAAUGUUUUAUUUUUGCUUCAAAAUUCUAUAGUCCUUUCAUGCUCAUCCAGUUACAGGAAGUGUUAAUUACAGUGCCAUAUGGAAUGAACCUACUUUUAACAUACACAUCACAUAAUGGCUUUUGUAACAGCCUCUGUCCUGUAGAGGAGGAUGACACAGCUGCCUUUUCAUCAGGAAGGGAGAAAUUCAACAGGUAACAGAGUCUUUCUGCAGCAAUUCCCCAAAAGUGGUGGAAUAGUGAAUAAGUAAAGUUUUGUGUUACAAUACAUAAAACUUUGUCCUUGGAAAUACCUGAUGGAAUACACUACAAUUGCAGCUUACUUGUAGAAGAUACACAAUUUAUGGAGCAUGAAAAUCCCCUAGUCCAGUUGGAGGUAAUUGUCUUCAUGAAUCUGAAGAUUUCAGUAGCCCUCUUGAAAACUCCAGGUCCCAUAGCCUGUUACUCAGAUGUUUUACUCUUGAGUGCUCACCUUUGACUGUUUGACAAGACCAUGCCAGGUUCUAACUUGAACAUUAUGGGUUUUUUUCAGGGAAAAAUCAUCAGUCUUCCCUCUUUGCUCCUGUAUUAGAAAUGGUCAAAUACUCUGAACAUGUAUGUAGUCUUUAUUCUUCUUUCUUUUUUUUUUUCUUUCUUUCUUAGUUUUUGUUUUCUUUUUUUGUUGUUUUUUUUUUCCCCAAUUGUGGAUGCGUAGCCACGCUUCUGGAUUGAGACCCAAGUGACAAAAGCAUCCUUCUGGCCAAGCUCUGGCUUCCUCCCUCAGGGGAGUGUGAAAGGGCAGCAAUGAGUCAUCUCCGUGAUCUGUUUUCCUUCCUGCCGCUGAGCUGGAUCCAACCCUGCACCUGUCCAUGAGGUGGCAACAUUUGUCACACUUACUGAAGUGUUUGGUUGUGAAUACAUAGCCUGUUUCAAAAAUGUUUACUACCUGCUUUUGUUUUUGUUUAUAAAAAUGUCCAUAAUGUGAACUUUGGGCUAAACUUUACAGUGCCUUUCUGUCUUGGAGCUGGUGCUGGUCUGAGCUUGGCUCUUGUGGAUCUCCUCUGUGACUACCUAGGGCUGCAGUUCGUAGUGGAAAGAAGUUUUGAGGUAUUCAUGUGUCAGCUAGUCCAUGUAAAACAGUACCAGUAGAUCAUAGGGAUUUGUAGUUUAUGAUCUGAAUUAGAAUUUGAUAUAUGAAACAUGAUGGGACAGAUAGUGAUUUGUUAAGUGCUACAAACUUGAGUCACAAAAUUUCAUUUUCAGUAAUCCCAGUCAUUCCCACCAAAUAGACCAGACUCUCAAAACUCUUCAGCUCCAAAUUUGGAGCACAAAUUAGACCUAAAAUAAAGGUCUUAGAAAUUAAGCAGUGAGAAAACUUGGUGCUGCUGCUGUUUUCUUCAGUCUAAUUUCUUCUAUAUUAGCCUUUUGAGUAUUGGUAAUUAUUUCCAGUGUAACUCCAAAGAAUAAGGAUACUAAUUUUUGUGGGGUGUAGUUAAUUUGACUGAAAUGAGGUUAACUAGAGAAGGAGUAGUAACUGAGGAUUCAUUCCACAGAACAACUCUCCUUACUUUGAAGGCACUUUUUUGACCUUUGUGAAAGACUCCUAUCAGUGAAAUAAAAUUUAAAGCUGAAUCAGCAGAGUAUGAGAAUGAACAAGGUGACUGAAGUGCAAAUGAUUGAUGUAGGCUAUAACUAGGCUGAUGAUGAAUAGUAGGAUUUAUUCUGACAAACUAGAAAUAUUUCUAUAUAGCCAUGUCAAUGAGUUUAUAAAUUACUGCUGAGUUUCUUACUAGAUACCUUAGCAAUAUUCUGUUCUGAGACCCCAUUUUCAUGCAUGAGGCCUCUUUUAGCCUCCCCUGGGCCAGCAUUUCACCUCUUCUACAGGUGGUUUUGAGUACUGUGCAAACAAUGUAGAGCAAGAUAGUUUAACUAAUCAGAAAACCUUCAGUACCUUAGUGCUCUGCAGUGUGUAUUUUAAAAAUAGACAAUUAUUUUCGUAAUUCCUGAGUCACAAAGCAUUAGAAUACUGAAAAAAAUUACAGACUUACAGUGCUUUUCUCCAGUGGCUGAUCCAAAUAUUAAUAGGAGCUGGAACUUGUUCUUACAAGGAUAAAGUAAUGGAAAAAGAAAUGCAGCUGUCAUCAGUUGUGAAGAGAUUAGUACCCCUGAAUAGCUCUGGCUUCAUCAACAGCUGCAUUUUCAUGCACAUAACAUGGAGAUUUUAUUUGUUAAGAAGUCUUGCAAGGCUGCAUCAACAUGUAAUGAGUUGAUUCAUUUUCUUUGGACAGUGAUUUGUCUUACUUUGGUUAUCCCAGAACCUGCUGUUUCUACUGUAACAAUUCCUGUAGCUAUUGACUCUUUUGGGGUGAGAUAGAGAAAUACAUUGUUUAUUUCAGUA